GCAAUCAGGUCGUGGAAACUUCUCCAUAAACACCGGCAAUCGACGUAGAGGUCUGCAAACAAUGCCCUCAAUCUCACUGCUGGCAGUGGCUGUCUCGCAGACAUCUUGAGGCCUCCGACUUCCACAACUGUGAAAAAGAAGGUUUUCUUCUCAUAGAUCAACCUGAAGAUGAUGAAACUGCUCAAAUUCGUGCACGGAGUGCCGGUGCCCCGAUUCUUUCCAGACGACGCCGUCAUUUCGGCGCUCUCCUACGAGCCGCAACCCGGGGACGUCUUCAUUGUCACGUACCCAAAAUGCGGCACGACUUGGGUCCAGUGCAUCGCAUACGGAAUCUACAACGACGGCCAGCCACCACCGGAUCUCGCCGGAUUCCUGGCGAAGUCCCCGUACAUCGAGCUCUUCGGCGCUGACGCUGUGAAAUCCAUGCCUCGACCGGGUACCAUCAAGACCCACCUGCCUUUCGACGAGCGGAGAUUUUCAUCCCGUGCGAAGUACAUAUACGUCGCCAGGAAUCCGUACGACGUGUGUGUCUCUCUGUACCAUCACUUCAGAACUCAGACCGUCGCCGCGAAAGAACCUAUAGGUUUCGACGAGUGCCUCCGAUGUUUUGUUUCCGGUGAUAUAAACUUCGGCAGCUACUUGGAAGACAGCUUGAUCCCUUGGUACAACCGCAGACACGAGAGUAACGUACUUUUCCUGACCUACGAGGACCUCCACGCUGACGUCAAGCCGCAAGUGAAGAGGAUCGCCGAGUUCCUUGGUGAACACUACGCUCGCCUAAUCUCCAGGGACUCCGCAAUGCUGCAGCGAGUCGUCGACAUGUCCACAAAGCAAAGCAUGCGUCCAUUCUUCAGAGACUUUAUAACGGCCAACUUCGAGUUUGUGGUGGACCAUAGAAACAGUAAAAACAUUCCAGUGACCAGGGAGGUGUUGGGUGUCCUGGAGUUUCUUCGGAGCAGACCACCAGGACACGAGUUCGUGCGUAAUGGGACCGUUGGUGGCUACAAGGACGUCCUGAGUGAUUUCCAUAAAGAGGUACUGAGGGAGUGGAUUUCCGCGAAGGCUUCUGGGAGCGAUGUUAUGAACCUCUGGCCGAGCACCAAUAUUGCAUAGCCCCAUUCCACGUGACAUACUGACGAGGUUCAAGUACGCACACUUCGGUUGAUACCGUGUAAAUUAAACACAAUAUUGGCUUUGGUAAACCAGCAAUAAUAGGUACCCAUAUCUAAUAAAACCUCACGUUCUGACUGUUAUAUUCUAAAGUGAUAACAAAACAUUAAAUAUUAGCAUUGCGUUAUGCUGCAUGAAGCUACGAGCGACGCCAUGUUUAAAAGACCCUGAAAUGAUAUUGUUGGAUAAUAUUGUCACGGGGAUUAAUCUGAAGCCAUAUAGAACGACAAAAUGCCAACACUUUUUAAACGUGUUAAGUAAAUAUCCGUCACAAGGUAGCGCUGUCAUGAAGGUCUUGAACAGAAUUCUGUUUGAAAUUUUGUUUAAAGGAGCAUCGCCACUUUCUGCGAGCACUUCUGCUUUUCUAUAAGUACAAUUUCUCAUAUUUCGAUUCUUUUAUGUCACACCAACAAACGUAAGCGACCUGCUGAAUUGAACGCGAACAAGCAACGUCCUCUAAACGUGGCUGGUGAUAUUUGAUGUCACACAAGAAUAACCGCUGCGCGAUGCUGUGGUGCAGCUGCUGUGGUACUAGCGUGCCGCUUAUGCCGGUACCAAAGCUCAUCGCAACGACCGGCGAGUUAUGACGAAGUGUGCUGUCACCCUUGAAAGAGGCAGCGCAGUUUUCCACCGCUGUGGGAACAACACAAAUGAACUUGAAGCAGUGACAACAUGGCCCGCAGAGUACUUAGUAGUCAACAUAUCUGCUGGUAGAAGGUUGUUUCGAGCACAUUCGCCAGAUUACCUCGUAUAUUACAAGACCCGUUCCCCACAUUCGAUAGAAUGUUUUAAACUCAUUUCAAUCUAGGUAAAGGAGCGUAUUUUGCGCUGACCACUCAGAAUACUGCUUCUGCCAUGAAAAGUGGAACCCGCUAGAUACAUUGUACGCAAAAGCAGAACGUAUUUCGCUGAGUCACAACGACAGAGAAAACAGUUAGACGCAAGGGUAGGCACAUAUUAAAGUACACUAAACCUGUCAUCUUCGAGUUGUGGCAGCCCCUUGGAAUUUUAAUUCUGACUUUCUAAUUAUUGAUAAGAGACAAGACAUGUUGGAAGAAGUCUUAGAAACCUCCACGUUUCCGUUACUGCGUGUUCCGCGAG